AUGAGAUUCGAUGAUGAUGCCCUUAAAGACAUGAAGGAGUAUAGGUAUAAACCGCUGUCACAUUCCAAGAAACGGAUACGUCUUCUUCAACUGAGCGCCGGCACAAUUCACAACUCUUCUAUCGACUGCGAGCUCGUCGAAGCUGAUUACGACAACGAUUUUCAUAUUCCGACUGAAGUAACUCAUGAUGAGUACGGAAACUCUAAGGGGAAAGAUGUCGAAGCUGGGGCCGCACCGGAGGCUAAGGAGGAUGAAAAGAGCAAAGAAUGGAUGAGGGUGAAGGGCAUUGAAAUCAAGUACCAAGCAUUAUCGUGGUGCUGGGGAUCCGGAAACGCAGACUACUGUGUGACAAUCAGAGACGGCAAACACUAUUACAAGAAGGCAGUGCGCAGGGACCUGGCUCUCGCUUUGAAGAAUCUCCGCAAACCUACGAAAAUCCGGACGCUCUGGAUUGACGCAAUAUGCAUAAAUCAGGCAGAUUCCAAUGAGAGAAAUCAACAGGUGCAAAUGAUGGCAAGAAUCUACACAAGAGCAGAGAAGGUCUGCAUUUGGCUUGGAGAAGACAACCAAGAAAGCGCGCUUGCGAUUAAAUUUAUUAAAGAGGAAAUUACCCAGCUGAACGACUUCGAUAAAAUAAGCUCGGAUAAGAAAUACAGCGACAAGUGGCGAGCCUUGUUAAUGCUCAUGCAGCGGGAGUGGUUUUCUCGCCGAUGGGUUGUUCAAGAGAUCUCUCUAGCUAAGGACGCUCGGAUCUACUGCGGCCCUGAUUCAAUUCGAUGGAAAGAAUUCGCAGUCGCUGUAGAACUUUUCGUUGAGGUAGAAUCUGCUACCCAUGGGCUCUCGGAAGUCAUGCAGAAGGACGCAAAAUUUGAGCAUAUUCCUGGCUGGUUCGAACAUGUUUCUGAACUUGGAGCUAGUCUCUUAGUGCAUGCAACUGGCAAGGUUUUCCGAGCUCAUGGGACACCUAUGGAUGACCACUACGAUGAUGGUCUUGAUGACCCCAUCAAAGCAGCACAAUACUUCAAGGAAGUUCAUACAAUCGAUCCUCUCGACCGGAAAAGCCUCCUGAGCCUGGAGUAUCUGGUAACGACCAUGUUCAUCUUCAAGGCAACCGAAUGCAGAGACUCGAUCUACUCCAUGCUAGCGAUCGCAAGAGAUGCUGCGCCAUAUGCUGAGCAGAGCAGCACAUUUGACGAUACCAAUCAGUCCCACACAAUUGACAUGUCUUUCAAUAAGAUAAUAUAUGAUUGUUUUCUUGCAGAGAAACCAUUUGUAGUCGAUUAUGCCAGGCCGUAUUCAGAUGUCUGCCGAGACUUUGUCGAGUUUUGCAUCCAGCGUAGUAAUGCCUUGGACCCAGUACAAGCAUUGGAUAUUCUUUGUCGUCCAUGGGCGUUGGAUCCACCAAGGAAAAAAUCUGUCCGACUCUCGACUGAAGAUGCAGGAGGAGGUUCAGAUCAGAACAAGCGGAUACAAACACAAAGAUCGUGGCUUGUUCGAGAAUGCAGGGUGCGUGUCGAGUUUGGUUGGGUACGACCACAUAAAUGGAAAUACGAAAAGUCUGACAAGGACGUUUGGCACGAAGACGUUCGUACAUUAGACGAAUACCUGAAGCACAAUGAGGCCAAAGAAAGUGGGGAGAUGGUGCAAUCUUUCGGUUGCUCGUGGAGCACUUCCUUCUAUGGGGGCCUACGGAAAGCCUCGUGGAAGAAACCUGAGGGAUGGGACAGAGUAAAAGACUUCCUGCAAGGGCCAAGCAAGCAUAUCUCAGGACUGAAACGCAAAAUGAAAACUAUGAAAGGAAACUCAGUCGCAGACGAGGUAAGUGCAGAUUUAGAUUUGCCGUCCUGGGUCGCUCGUGCCAAGAAUGCCCCCUUCGAACUUCACGCUCACCCAGGAUUUGAGGCCGAGAAAACGGGACGAGCGCACGCAGAACCUCUCGUUGGGUCGCCUAAGGAUGGUCAUAGGAACUACAGCGCUGCCCAAACAUGGAAAGUAGACCUCCAAAAGCUUAAGUUCAAGAAGAGGCCUUACUUGGGACACUAUAGUCUUUACGUUGAAGGUUUCGUUAUCGACGAAGUAGCAGAGGUGGCGGCUGCAUCUCAAGGAGGUAAUAUUCCGGCAUCAUGGCUUGACAUGACCGGCUGGAAUCCACCGUAUAAUGAUGACCCACCGGCCGAAUUCUGGCGGACAAUCGUUGCUGACAGAGGAUCUGAUGAUCGGAACCCUCCAGCUUACUACGCGCGAGCUUGUAAGGAGUCUGUUAAGAAAGGAGGCAUUGCCAGCGGAAGAGUGAACACCACGGCUCUAAUCAAUAAUGAGCGGAAUUCGAUUAUUGCAGCGUUCUGUCGCCGAGUACAAGCUGUAAUCUGGGGUCGCUCGUUGUUUCGGACAAAGAAAGGAAGGCUAGGAAUCGCGGCUGAAAGCGUGCAGCCAGGUGACAAGAUUUGUAUCCUUUAUGGAUGUACAGUCCCAGUUAUCCUAAAUCAGCAAAUGAAGACGCCGAACGAGCAAAGGGACGAAGCGCUAGAGGAUCGGAUCCAAGCUUUCAAAUCCUGCGUUCAAAGGUUGAAGAUCAUUCGGGAGAGAAAAGCAAGAUACAGGGGAAUAUCAAACGAAAAUCCAGGUUGGGAGGAAGAGGUCAAAGUAAAGACAGCUGAGGUCAACAAAAUCUUGGAAAUGUUGAAAGGCCAACGAGAGGAAAAUGAGGAGCGGACGAAAAGGCAGAUGAAGGCUAUGCAGGCAAUGAAGGAGAAGGACCAUGGAAGCCCUUGGGGCGUAUCUACUCCGUGGAACUGGUGGUGGGGGGACAGCAAGGAAAAUUUGAAACGAGAACAAAAGCAGAUGAAGGAAGCCGAGAAAGAGAUGGACGACACGCUUCACUACAUAUUUCGGGGAGGAGCUUAUGUGAAUGGCUGUAUGGAUGGAGAAGCACUGCGAGCAAAGUUUUAUGAGGAAAGUGAGGACCGGCUCUUUGAGUUGAGGUAA